GAGCACCUGGGCUCCACUUUCGUUUCCUCUCUCCGUGCAUUCUUUCAGUUGUGUGUGGUGGUGCUUGAGAGGCGGUGCCGGGAACUGGCAGCACCCCUUCACUCUCCGGCCGUCGUAGACUGGAAAACCAGUUUAAUCAACACAGUUUGAAGCUCACACCGAGCACCUGAAAGAACACCUGGGAUACUGUUUCUUAGGCCUGUAAACAUUUCAACAACAGGAAGUACGGCCUGGACGUAUUGUGGUCUGUUACAGGAACGUGUUUCUGAUCAUCGGCAUGUCAACCAUGAUGUCAAACUGCUUGCAAAAUUUCCUAAAAAUUACAAACCCAUAUCAUCUACAUUCAAGAUUAUGUCAGCAAUUAAUAAGAAGUAAAAGGAGGCUUUUUGGAACUGUGCCAACAUCCAGAUUGUGUAGGCGGGUUGUCAUUACUGGCAUUGGUUUAGUGACUCCUCUUGGUGUUGGAACUCAACUGAUAUGGGAUCGUCUUGUCCUAGGAGAGAGUGGAAUUGUGUCACUGGUUGGUGAAGAGUAUCAGAGUAUUCCUUGCAAUGUUGCUGCUUAUGUGCCAAGAGGUUGUGAUGAAGGUCAGUUCAAUGAACAAGACUUUGUGUCCAAAUCAGCUAUCAAGUCCAUGUCUUCUCCCACCAUUAUGGCCAUUGCAGCUGCAGAGUUAGCCAUGAGAGAUUCCGGCUGGCAUCCUCAGUCAGAAGCUGAUCAAGUGGCUACCGGCGUUGCAAUUGGCAUGGGAAUGGUUCCUCUUGAAGUUGUUUCUGAAACUGCUUUGAUGUUUCAGGCAAAAGGCUACAAUAAAGUUAGCCCAUUCUUUGUCCCUAAGAUACUGGUCAAUAUGGCAGCCGGCCAGGUUAGCAUUCGAUAUAAACUCAAGGGCCCCAAUCAUGCGGUGUCCACAGCCUGUACCACAGGGGCUCAUGCUGUGGGAGACUCUUUUAGAUUUAUAGCCCAUGGUAGUGCUGAUGUGAUGGUGGCUGGAGGCACAGAUUCCUGCAUUAGCCCAUUAUCUCUUGCUGGGUUUUCCAGAGCCCGCGCUCUGAGUACAAAUUCUAAUCCUAAGUUGGCAUGUCGACCAUUUCAUCCAAAGAGAGAUGGUUUUGUGAUGGGAGAAGGUGCAGCUGUGCUGGUGCUGGAAGAACAUGAACAUGCUGUUCAAAGAGGGGCUCGGAUCUACGCUGAAGUGUUGGGCUAUGGGCUCUCAGGUGAUGCUGGUCACAUAACCGCCCCCGAUCCUGAAGGACAAGGUGCCUUAAGAUGUAUGGCUGCUGCUGUAAAAGAUGCAAGUGUACACCCUGAAGAGAUCUCUUACAUCAAUGCACAUGCCACUUCCACGCCGUUGGGAGAUGCCGCUGAAAACAAAGCCAUCAAACACCUUUUUAAAGACCAUGCUCGUGCCCUCGCGGUUUCCUCAACCAAGGGAGCCACGGGACAUCUGCUGGGAGCUGCGGGGGCGGUUGAGGCUGCUUUUACUGCUCUGGCUUGCUACUACGGAAAACUACCCCCUACUUUAAACCUGGAUUGUACAGAACCAGAAUUCGAUCUCAAUUAUGUUCCACUAAAGGCACAGGAAUGGAAAACUGAGAAAAGACGUAUUGGACUCACCAAUUCCUUUGGUUUUGGUGGUACUAAUGCAACUCUUUGUAUUGCUAGCAUGUAGGAUAAAUCAUUUGUAAUUAAACAUUGAUUUUUAAAAUGUUAUAAACUAUGUUAAAGGGGAAAUAAUAUGUUUAUAUAAAUGCAUAUACUUAUGUGUCAAUACCCGUAUCCCCUUUAUCUGUGUCAGGGUUUCACGAUUCUGGCACCAUUGACAUUUUGGGCAGGGUAAUUCUUUGUUGUACAGCUGCUCUGUACAUUGUUAAAAUGCUUAACACCAUCCUAAUCUCUACCCACCAAAUCCUGGUAGCACUCCUUUCACAGUUGUGAUGAGCAAAACUGUCUCUAGGUAUUGUCAGAUAUUUCCUGGGGGAGAAAACAGCCAUCAGGUGAGAACCACUGAUAUGUUUUCCUAAUACUCUAGGUGAAACAACUCUUUAUGACAUUUCACCUGCCGUGGUCCCCUUCACCAACAUUUGAUGAGUAGCUGCUCUGUGCUAGGCAAGGUUGGUGCACCUUGCAGCCCCAGGCACACCAUUGCCUUACAAUAUAGAGAGAAGGAAUACCAGUACAACUGAAAGUUUGUAUCACUGAUCAGUAUUCUUUGGAUAAAGCAGUCAGCCAGCAAUGAUCUCUUUACCUCUUACUAUAUAGUUCACUUUUCUUCUGUCUAUACAGACAUUCAGUAAAUUAAUGGAAUUUCCCUACACUCCCAAGCCAUCAGUACUCUGAGAGAAGGAGGUGAAACUGCUUUGGCAUUUCUUACUCUUUUUGUAUUUCCAGUGGAAGCUGUGGUAGACAGUUUUUGUGUUUUCUCCCAGCAUCCCAUCUUGAGUGCUGGUGGUACCUGUACUUUCACUACCUCUGGGCUUUCUCUAAAGCCAAGAGGUCUCAUUCAUCCCCAUCUGGCUGGCAGUGCUGGGAGAGGGACAAGUUUCCUAAAGGCAACACUCAACCAGUGAGAGGUGGGGGCUGGUUGGUAAGUGCCUCGCCUGCCCUCAGAGGGUUUCCAGCCAGGUAAAACUUGAAUGUUUGCAGCAUUAGCCAGCUCAGUAACUCCCCCCUUUUUUUCCUUCCCUGUCCCUCCUCCCUGACUUUUAAUCCUACUCCCAGGAAUCACCUUCCAAACAAACUACUUUGUGUUAGGCUCUGCUAUCUGGAGGACUCAAACUAAGAAAGUUUUUGUUGCAGUGGGGGUUUGUAUAUCAAAGUGAGUAAAUGGACUAGUGGAAAGUAUAUAUUUCUGCAGAAGUGAAUCGUGUUCCUCACAUUUAAUAGAAGGAAUAUAUUGCCUAGCCACUAAUCGUGACUUUAUCCCCUAUACACCUAAGACUUCAGCCAUGUUCAUUCAUCUAUGAUCAAUUUUAAUUCUUAUUGGCUCACAUUAAUUUGUUUAACUGAAAUUUGCUCAGUGCUCACCAUGAACGUGGUUUUGUAUUGGCUGCCAGCAGUAGAAUGAUGUGUCAAGAAAGGUUUCCUAAAAGAAGCUGAGGCCAUAAGGGUAAAAAGGUCUCAGCCAGGUUAAGGAGGAAGAAAGGGAAGGAAGGAAGAAUAUUCCAGGUAGGAGGAACAGUGGGGAAAGGUUAGAAAAGUUAGAACAUUUGUAUUAAACCUGAAUACAUACAGCCUGAGAUGGGGGGAGGUGUGUUGAAUUAGGAGAUAAAGCCAGGAAAUCUGGUGGAAGUUAGGUCACAAAGAACCUUACGGGUUUUGUUAAGGCAGUAAGAGUAAUAGGAAGCCAUUUAAAGUUUGGGGUGUUAACGGCAGUUUUGUAAUGUGUCAACUUGGCUUGGCUGAACAGCAUUUCUCAGAACUCUCCUUACUGUGUGUUUUUUGAUGAGGACUGGCAGUAAGAGAUUCUUGCAGGAGAUUGGAGGAUGGAAGCGAAGCAAGCAGCCGCUUUGUAGCUCAUACAUGUGGAUUUGCUAGCUCACCGCCUUGACGUGAGGCAGUGGCUGAGUCUGCCACUGCUACAGCUUCCCUGGACCCUCUUCAGUUGUUCUGACUUCUAGGUCAGGUAUGUGUUUAGCUCCAUCGGAUGAAGGGCCCCAGCUUCUGCCCGUUCCUUCAAGAUCAGAGGCAGCAAGAACAGACCAGUUUCAGUUCAUUCUUGUGCUUGUGGGUUCCAGCUUAUUAUUGAAACUUUACAUCCAUCUUCCCUUCCCAGCUGCCUGCCCUGUGGACUUUAAACUCCCACAUCAGAAAAUAACAGGUGAACAUAACAGCCUUACAGACACCAGUUCUCAUAAUUGUGUGAGGUCAAGUCCUGAUAACAAGUUAUCAUCUGUAUAUUUAUAUUGAUCUUAGUGGUUCUGUUUCUGUGAUUGAACCAUAACUGUUACAUGUUAAGAAAAAUAGGAAGAACAUAAUUACAUGUUCUUUUGGAAACAUCACUUUGGCUGCAGAGUGAAGAACAGAUUGGAGGGAAGUUUGAUUCCUAUGAAGGAAUCAAGUCCAAAGGGUGUUGCAAAACACAAGCAAGAGAAGAUGGUUGCUCUGAUGAAGCAGAAUACCUUGACCCAAGGUUCUUCCAAAGUUAAAAAUCAUUUUUUUAAAAAAGUCGUUACUGAGGGAUGAUUUAUGUACAAUGAAAUGUACCCAUUUUAA